UGGUCAAAAUUAGGGGGAGAAUUUUGGGCUUUCUGGAAUUGAGCUGAGAAAUCAGAGAGAGUUGGGGCAUUCGAAGGUCGAUAAAGAAAAGAGAUAGCUAUUUUGAGAAAGGGCAAAAGGCCGAGGAAUGAAAUGCAGACAAAUCAGUAGGCUGAGCGGGAUUUGACUGAAGUUUAAGAGCCGAGUCAAAUACAAAAAGUAAAAAUAUGAGAAGGUAGAAGAGGAAGAGAAAGAAAUCUUUUCGCAACAGAGAGGUAUUUGAGGAAGAACUGGUUAUCUGCGAUAUAUUGUGAGACUUGAAGAAGCCUGUGACUGUUGAUUGAGAGUAAAGAGACCAAGUUUUCAUGGAUACACAGACGCAAAACUCUUCGCUGCAGAAGCUUCAAAAUGUGGAGAAGAGAAUUGUUAGGGUUUUGGAACUGGCAGGAGGGAUUAUGGAUGAACUUGCAAACCCUACUGGACCUAGAAAAGAAUUCAUCAACAACCAUUGCCUCGAAUUCAUGCAAUUAAUCAAGGAUAUCCAAGUGACAUUAAGGGAUGAGAUAAAGAGUGCAUGUGAAUACCGUCCAUUUGAGAAGUGUGAUUACAGUGCAAGAAUAGCAAAUGAGAUAUGUUGCAAGAAGCUGGAGUAUGUGCUGUCACAACUGGAUGGGAUGAAGCAGACUAUCGACGAAUAUCACGCUUCCAUUUGAAGAUGCAUUUUGUGUAGCAUUUGCUAGUGUGAUGCCAAACAGCAAGCUGAUCAAGAGAAGCUAAGCAGGCACGGUAUGCUUGCUACUUUUACUUCCAUUCCCUUCGGUUUGUCUUCACCGAUAUUUCAACCUUCCUAUGAUGACUAACAAGUCAUAAGAAAUCAACUCCUCCAUUCCUCUCGGUUCUUAUAACUUGAUUUAUUCUGUCUUCUUCAUUUCAGCUCGUUUUGGUAGCUACUGGAAACUACAUAUUACCAAAUAUAAUUGCUUAUCCUAGUUAUAUUGUUGGUUUAGAAAUCAAUGAAGUUGAUGAUGCAGAAUAUUAUGUUGCACUAAA